GGGGCGAAGCCGCCCGCCGGGCCCCGCGGCUUUUUUCCCUGGAUUUUAUUACUGGAAAACUCUCUAAUGACAAAUUUGCUUAGGAGCUGAGUGUUGUGACCUGCCCUACUUUUCCCUGCUCGCUGUGGGAACGACCUGAGGAACAUCUUGGAGCCACCUGUACUGCUUCAUGCAGUUAAAUGUUCUGAGGUCAUGAAACUUAAUCCACAGCAAGCUCCGUUGUAUGGUGACUCUGUUAUUACAGUGCAGCUGACUGAGGAAGAUAAAGUUGAAGAUGAUGUAGUUUUUUAUUUGGUCUUCACUGGAUCAACUGUCCAACACUGCACAAGCACGAGAAAGAUUAAUCCUGGUAGUCUGGAGACAAUUUCUCCCGGCCAUGACUGCUGUGAGACAGUGAAGGUGGCACUUUGUGCCUCUAGAGAAGGUCACCCCGUUCUGGUUGUGGCAGAGGAGAGUUUCCAGUUUGUCCAGGAUGAAGCCUACGAUGCUGCCCAGUUUCUGGCCACCUGUGCUGGCAACCAGCAGGCGCUGAAUUUCACUCGCUUCUUGGACCGCUCGAGGCCCCCUGCUGCAGACGUGGACUUUCUGGAUGAGAAAGUGGCCUUGGCAUUUCGGCACCUGAAGCUGCCGGCAGAAUGGAACGUGCUGGGAGCAGAGCAGUCCCUGACCGAGAACAUCCCUCGGGAGACUCUGAUGCAUUUUGCGGUGCGGCUGGGGCUGCUGCGGCUGACGUGGUUUCUGCUCCAGCAGCCGGGUGGAAGAGGAGCUCUCAGCAUCCACAACAACGAGGGGGCAACGCCUGUCAGCUUGGCCUUGGAGAGGGGCUACCAGAAACUGCACCAACUUUUGACAGAGGAGGGAGCCAGGGAGCCGGACUCGUGGAGCACCCUGUCCCACACCGUGCACUCGGGGGACUACAGCGUGAAGCACCACCGCGGGCUCGACGUGUACCUGCUGACAGCUGAGGCCAGGGAGGGGACAGCAGCCAGCUGGGAGAGGGACAUCCAGCACCUCCAGAUGCACAUGCAGAGCCACCAGCAGCAGAGUUUAAGCCAGCAGGCAGAGCCUGUACUGGGAGAUUCUGGAGACAGCUGUGCUAAAGGAGCAGAGGGUCAUCUGACCACUACCUCUCAGAGCCUAGAAGAAAUGGCAAGAGAAGAAAGGCAGGAAAAUCCAUCUGAUCUGGUUCACCUGGACAUUGGGCAGCUCUCAGACCAAACCCAGCAGGAGGAGAAAUGCAGCAGCAGCAGAAUGGGAGCUUUUGAUGAUGCACCAAAAGACAUGGUUAGCCUGGGUGGUGCAAACUGCCCAGCGAGCUUCUGUGAAAGUAAAAACACGGUGAUAUUGUGUAAAAAGGAAGGAGAGGCGGGGCUAAGAUCUGCAGAGGGCUCUGGGACUGUAUCAGAUGGGGACUGCACUGUGAGCCUGCGUGCAAGUGCAAAUGGUGCUGUAAAUCCUCCAUCCUCUGGAAAUACAAAUGAGGAAGCUGGAAUGACAUCGGCUGGAGUUGUUCUGGAUCCAGCUGGCGUGGGCAGCGCAGACAGUGCCCAUCAGGAAGUGCAAACUGCUGAGGAGUUUGCUGACAGUGCCGCUGCUGUGGCUGCAGCUGCAGGUGAAGCCCCAGCUUCCUCGGAAGGCCUGGAUGUGGCCAUGGGCCAGACCGAGUGCAGGAACUGUGCCGGGGCACCUGAGAGGGCAAAGGGCCAGCGGCGGGCAGAGGAGGGCAUGGCAGAGCCUGCUGAGAGGACUGCAAACCUGGGAGAGAAAAACCCAGCUAAGGAAGAGUCAUCCAGCGCUGCUCAGCCCUUACUCAGUGGUUUCAACGGCGCUGAGUGUUCGGAUGGGGAGGAUGCAAAUGUGGGAGUGGUACCAGCCUGUGACGGUGCACAUGCAGGUGGUGACAUUGGCAGUGUCUCUGUUGACCUUUGCAAGACCAGCAGUAACAAAGAGACUGACGUGGAGUCGUGCACUGCUCAGGUAAAUGGUGAGCUCACGGGAAGCCAGGGUGAUGCCAGUGUCACAGCGAGGCAGGAGGUCACUGCCAGCACUGGGGAGGCAUUGCUAGCUGUGAAUGGGUUGAAGGUUCCUGCUUGUGCCUCAAAACCUGAUCCAUGUUUGGAAGUCCAUGGCAGCAGUGAGAGUGGAGAGCAAGAAGGGCAGGUGGAAGCAGGCUGCACUGAUGGAAAAUCCAGCCUGCCCUCACUGGAAGGCAGUGUAGAAACUGAUGGCCCUGAUGCUGAGCCUGAAAACAGAGAUGUUGGUGGAUGUAAUGAAAGUGGUGCAGAACCUGCACUUUGCCAGGAGAGUGGUGAGGUCGCUGGCCGUGGGGCUGAAGCCGUGGAGAGCAGUGAAAAGGAGCCAGUAGGAACUGAUACCAGCAGCUGCAGAGAUGGAGGAAGCAAAGAUUCUGCAGGCGGUGCUCAGGAAGUUGCUGCCUGCCACCCUUGUGCUGGUCCAACUGGUGUUAAAGGUGAAAUGGACAGCAGCUCCAGAGCAGACACUGCUCAGCAGAGCGAACGUGAGCAACGUGAGCCUGCAUCGCUCCCUCCAGAGGAUGUGAGCACAGCCCUGGCAGAGGAAGAGCCUGCCCAGGCUGGAGCAGAGAAAGCAGAAAGCGCUUCAGAGCAGGAGGGGAGGAGCAGCAAGGUGGAAUCACCCUCUCCCCUGCCCAGAGAAGAGGGGCUGGCUGUGAGUCAGGAGGGAGAUGCUGCAGUGGCACCUCCCGGGCAGGAGGCAGCUCUGCAAGGUAAUGACCCUGGAUCAGCUCCAUGUGCCAAGGGCGCAGACGGUGCCGAGGAUAAUUUCAUAGGCACACCCUCUGCAACUCAUAAUGAGGAAUCUAAACAAAAGCAGGAAGCGGCGGCGGCGAGGGCAGGCUCGGCAGAGCUCGCCUGGCAGCACGGUGGGGAGCAUGGCGGGGUAGCUGCUGCCUGGCCUGGGCACCAUGCAGGGGAUGAGGGCUCUCCGGAGCAGGGCCGCUCGCAGCAGGCUGGAGGAGGCCAAGCUGAGCCCGGGCAAGAGGCUCAUGUGAAUGGCAAUGAGCCGGUUUCGUCGGAGGAACUUGCUGCUGCUGUUGUGAAACCCUGUGCCUGCAGUCUGGAGGGGCCUGGGGUGGGCAGCAGCAAUGUGGAUGCCGGGCUGAAAGCAACGGUGCAACCCGAAGAAGUUUGCAAGGCUGGAGCAGCAGUUGCAGCAGAAGGAGCCAUGCAUGGACCUGCAUCAGCAGAUGAGUCCCUGGGUGCAGAGAGUGACCCUUGUCCAAAUGCUGGGCAGAACCAAGAAGACCCCACUCAAACCCUACAACAAAUGUCCCCCCACAGCAGCACCCCCGAGUUAAAGGAUGCCUCGGAGGAGGGAGCCCCGAGCGAUGGCUGUGAGGGUGAGGAGGUGCCAAGGCCGGUGCCAGUAGCCCCUGCUGCAGCGUUCCCAGAGGAGCAGGAGGGCACGGAGAGCGUGCUGCCCCGGGCAGCGCUGCAGCCCAUCGCAGAGGAGCCCACGUGUGACAGCGACUCCAGCACCGACACCGUCUGUCCUGCUGGUGACAGCGACACUGCCCCUGCCCUGACAGCGGCUCAGGGGGAGGGCUUGGCUGAGCCCCAUGCAAACCAGAGCCAUGCUGUACCUGCAGUGCCCUUCCCGCCGUGCUCCUGCCGCUUGCAGGCUGUUGAGUCACUGGAAAAUGUGGGAGUGAAGAGUUUGGUAUCGGCUGAUGAUGCCUCUUCCCUGGAUAAAGUUCCUAAAAUGGUAAAAAGUUUUGAUGCAGUGGUUUUUGCAGCAGAGACACCUUGUUCCCAUGAAGUACCUGCCGCAGAAAAAGUGGGGCUUGAGCCCCAGACUGCAGUGGAUGCUGGAGCCAACCUUAAUGGACAAAUGGAUUUAAGUUCCUCAAAAAAGAAGAAUGUCAGCCUGGCAGUGCAAGGAGCUGAGCCUGUUACAGGGAGGUUGGAAAUGAAAACUGAGGACGAGGUGGAUUUUCAGAAGGACGGCACAGAGGAACUGAUAAACCGUGAGAGCUGGUGCCCGCUGGAGCCAUGUCCCGACCCCUCCCUGCUGGAGCGCAAGCGCACGCGGGACUCUCCAGAAUGUGAGAACUUCUUGGAGGAUGGGCUGAGCAGCGUCUGUGCCUCGUCACAGGGUGGUCUGAAAAGAGAGUCUGGGAGUGAGUCUGACCUCUUCCCCUUGACUGGUGAUGGGAUGGAAGACCUUGUCUUUGGGAAGCAGCCUGAGGAGGAGCAGUCUGCGUGCGAUGUCACCAGCUCCAGCUCCUCUGCAGAUGACACCAUGUCCCUGGAGAGGAACUCAUCCCUGGGCAGCGACACGUCCCUCCCCUUCCCACCCACGGGGAGCUUCACCCAGCCCAAGGACAGGCUCAGCCUGGAUGGCAGCUGCACCAACAUGGUGUCCUCAGAGGGAGGGGAGAAGGAAGAGGAGCUGGACAGCAUCACGGACGUGCCCGCUCCCUCCUCCGUCCUGCGCGGCUCCAUGCGGCCGCUGUCCCCGUUCCGGCGGCACAGCUGGGGGCCGGGCAAGAACGCCACCAACGAGGCAGAGAUCAAUCAGAGGAGUUCAAUGCGAAUUCUGGGGGAUGGUAUAAAGAAGCCUCCCAUUCAUAGGAGAAGUUUGAGCUGGUGUCCCUCAGGCGUACAGUACAUUGCCAUGGGUCCUGACUUUACUUGUAGAAGUUACAGCCUAGAAGGCCUGGCUGGAGACUCUGGUGAGAACAAGAAGCCCUCUGCAAACCUGGAGGCUUCUUCUCUGAGCUCCAAGGACCUCAGGAGGAGUCCACUUGCCAGCAAUCAGUCCCUGGUCCUGCUCACUGAGGAGCUCGAGCAAGGAGAAAUCAGGGACUACAGCCACCAGGUGCAUCAGACAUCACAGCCACAAGGAUUUAACUUCUGUUCUUCUGCUGUUUCAUCUCCACUGACCAAAUCCAUGUCUCUAAUGUCAAUUAGCAAACCAGUGCUCGACACCCAGGGCCGGACUCGACCAUCGCGACGAAUCUCCUUCUCCUUCAGCAUCUCUCCACUCAUUCCUAAGUCUAAAACUCUCUUUUCUAUUGGCUCUUCUUCCAGUGAUGAGGAGGAGGAGUUGGAUAGCUCGCAGUCCUUCAGCGGCUCCAUGGGCUCCUCAGUGCAGAGCAUAUCUGAAGAGGGCAGCAGUGUCCCCGCUGGUAAAGGUGUAACAAAAGUCAGCCGCACCUUCAGCUACCUCAGGAAUAAAAUGUCCAGCAGCAAGAAGAGCAAACAGGAAAAAGAGAAAGAUAAAGAGAAGACUAAAGAGAAGGAUAAAGAUUCCAAGGAGAAGGAAAAAGAUAAGAAGCUGUUAAAUGGACAUCUCUUCACUGCAACCUCCGUUGUAGCCCAAGCAACCUGUUACCACUGUAUGAAGCCUUUCAACAAGGAUUCGUACUACUGUGCAAACUGUAAUGCAAUUGUUCACAAAGGCUGUAAGGAGAGUUUUGCUUCUUGUGCAAAGGUCAAAAUGAAGCCACAGAGAGGGAUGCUGCAGGCACAUGAUACCUCUUCAUUACCCACAGUAACCAUGAGAAACAAAAGCUCGCAGCCCAAGGAGCGCCCGCGCUCCGCCAUCCUCGCUCCUGAUGAAAGCACUGUCACCUCCACCUUCAGCAACAGGAGAUCACAGCAGCCCACUGCACUCUCCAAAAGUGUCUCCAUACAGAACAUUGCAGGAGUUGGGAAUGAUGACAGCUUAAUACACACUUGGAAAUUCCUGUCGCAGUCAACAGACUCUUUACAUAAAAUCAGCCGGGUUAAUGAAUCCAUGGAGUCACUGGUUGAUGAAGGUGCAGACAUGAAUGAAGGACAGCUCAUGGGAGACCUGGAAUUAGAUUCCAAGCAGCUGGAGGCAGAGUCCUGGAGCCAAGUAGUGGACAGCAAGUUCCUACAGCAGCAGUACAAAGAUGUUGUCAAACGGCAAGAUGUGAUUUAUGAGCUAAUGCAGACAGAAAUGCACCACGUCCGCACCCUGAAGAUCAUGAACGACGUGUACAGUGCAGCCAUGCUAAAGGAGCUGCAGUACGAUCAGCAGGUCGUGGACAAGAUCUUUCCCUGCCUGGAAAACUUGCUGCACAUCCACAGUCAGUUUUUCCAGCGGAUUCUGGAAAGGAAGAAGGAGUCACUGGCAGACAAAAGUGAAAAGAACUUUGUUAUCAGGAGGAUAGGUGACAUCCUAGUGAAUCAAUUCUCUGGGGAGAACGCUGAGCGAAUGAAGAAGACGUACGGCAAAUUCUGCGGGCAUCACAACGAGGCUGUCAAUUACUUCAAAGACCUGUACUCAAAGGACAAGCGCUUUCAGGCAUUUGUCAAGAAAAAAAUGAGCAGCUCCCUGGUGAGGCGUCUUGGGAUUCCUGAAUGUAUCUUGUUGGUAACACAGAGAAUCACAAAGUACCCGGUCCUUUUACAAAGGAUACUGCAGUACACCAAAGAGAAUGAAGUGGAACAUGAAGACUUGACUCAGUCAUUAAACCUCGUUAAAGAUGUGAUUGCUGCAGUCAACAGCAAAGUCAGCAAUUACGAAAAGAAAAUGCGUCUUGGGGAGAUUUACAACCGGACAGACAGCAAGUCCAUCAUGAGGAUGAAGAGUGGCCAGAUGUUUGCAAGGGAGGACUUGAGGCAUCGGAAACUCAUCCGAGAUGGGCCUGUUUCACUAAAGAAUGCAGCUGGCAGGUUAAAAGAAGUCCAGGCUGUUCUCCUCUCUGACAUGCUCGUGUUCCUUCAGGAGAAGGACCAGAAGUAUGUCUUUGCCUCACUGGACCAGAAAUCCACUGUGAUCUCUCUGAAGAAGUUGAUUGUACGAGAAGUGGCUCAUGAAGAGAAGGGUUUGUUCCUGAUCAGCAUGGGUGGAAAGGAUCCUGAAAUGGUGGAGGUCCACGCCAGCUCCAAAGAAGAGCGCAAUGGCUGGAUACAGAUCAUUCAGGACACAAUGCACACCAUGGAUAGAGAUGAAGAUGAAGGAGUUCCCUGUGAGUCUGAGUUUGAAAAGAAAUUGUCCGAUGCAAAAGUGAGAGGACUGAAAGAACAACUUCAGCAGAAGGAUAAACAGAUCCUGCUCUUGCUGGAGGAAAAGACAAAGAUCUUCCAGGACAUGGCAGACAGUUCUGUGCAGGAGGAGAUGCCAGGCUCCAGGCUGCUCUUCAGAGCCAACACAGAAGAGGCUCCAAAAGGAGAGGCAAUCAUGAAAACUGCAAUAAAUGAAGUUGAACUGCUGCAAGACCUGGUGAACAGGAGCCUGGGCACUGCCCUUGGACAGCAGGUCAGCAGCACUGCCAUGGAUCAGGAGGGAGGAGUUGGCCCCAUCUCACUCCCUAGAAGGGCAGAAACUUUUGGAGGAUUUGACAGUCAUCAGAUGAACGCCUCCAAGGCAAAGCAGAAGGGAGGAGUUUCCUCCUGCAGAGAGGUGGAAGGUCCCAGGACGUGGCGCAGGAGAGCAGGUGGAGCAAAAGAUGAAGGAGAUGAUGCUCAGGACCUUCGGAGAACAGAGUCAGACAGCAUUUUAAAGAAGGGUGGAAAUGCUAAUUUGAUGUUCAUGCUGAAAAGGAAUAAUGAGCAGGUCCUCCAAACCAUUACCAGCCUCCAUAAACUGCUCAGCGCUUUGCAGGGCGUGGUGCUGCAGCAGGACACCUACAUCGAGGACCAGAAGCUGGCUCUGAGCGAGAAGGCUCUGAGCAGGAGCUUCUUCCGACCCCCGUCGCUGCUGGAGCAGGAGAAGCAGCGCAACCUGGAGAAGCAGCGCCAGGAGCUGGCCAACCUGAAGAAGCAGCAGACGCAGCACCAGGAGGAGAGGCGGAGGAGGGAGAAGGAGUGGGAAGUGCGGGAGAAGGAGCUGGCGGAGCACGAGGCCGAGCUGGCGCAGCGCGAGGAGCAGGUGCAGCGGCUGCGGCAGGAGCUGGAGCGCGAGCGCGAGGAGCUGCAGGUGAAGAAGGCGGCUUACCAGCUCGACCUGGAGAGGCUCCGCACGGCGCAGAAGCAGCUGGAGAGGGAGAAGGUGCAGCUGAAGCAGGACGUGGAGAGAUUCGCUCAAAUGCGGCAGGAGCCUGACCACAACCAGGUUUCAAAUCUACAUGAGAAACUUGCAAGAGUCUCCUCCCAGUCCAGCAUUGAUGAAUCCUCCAUGCAGAAGAACCCUUCCCUUCCUAAACAAGGGCACUUUGAUGCAGAACUGUCUGUCUCCCCCAAAAGGAACAGUCUUUCAAGGACACACAAAGAGAAAAGCACUUUCCAUUUGCUUAGCACAACAAACCAGACUAACAAGGCAGCUGAGGAACAGACCCAGAUGCCUACUCGCCUCUUCAGUUUAGCCAAACCAAAGGAGAAGAAGGAAAAGAAGAAAAAGGGCAGGGGACAUCGCUCCCAACAGUCUGAUUCUCACUCGUCAGAAGCACCUCCAGAGGGUGAGGAGAUCUUCUGCUGAGCACGGACUGUUGGCAGUGGUCACUCGUGGCAUUGGCACCGUGGACAUCUCCCUGCCUGUGACACAGCACGUGGCUGGUGCCUGCGCUGGACAAGCAUCUGGAGGUUUUAAAUAAAACAUGUUCUGAACUCUGCUAAGUGGUGGAUUAGGGCCUCUCUCCUGUGGUUUUAGGUGAAUUGUCCCUGCAGAGGCUGUGCCUGCACGGCACACAGGAGCAUCUCCCUGUGCAAACCUGGGGUCAAACGGAUUGGGGUAGAUGUUGUCUGUCUCUUCUUACUGCUAAAGGAUGAGAGAACAUAGCCUUAAGGGGUCUGUGCCUUCAAAUUCCCCUUUUCUGGGGAAAAGAACCAAAACCAAGCAUUUAGCAAAAGAUUAGGACUCUACAAAUGGUGCAUACACACUGGCAUAUAUAGAUAUACUGUAUAUAUACAUAUAUGUAUCUAUGUAUCCACUGGGAUAUGCUUACAGUCCCUGCAGCCAAGGUCCACCCGUGGGGAUACAUGAUACCUGACGACUUUCAGGGAGUGUGUAGAUAUUAAAUAUCUUGCCCUUACUGUCUGGCUGUAACACAGUGACCUGCACACCCCUUUUGUGCUCAUGGGAUAGGGGCUGUUUGGUUUCAGAAAGGUACCUUACACCAGGAAAUAUUCAGAAGCAACAACUCAGAGGAUGAAAAAUUUAAAAUAAUUCUGAACGAUUUCUGUGGGGCAGAGGAAUCAAAUGUCAAACUGUUUCCAGAGUCAAGCAGAACAUUAUUGGGUGUAUUUAAAAUGGCACAGAAAAGAGAAUUUUGGUAGGCUGGUAGGGCAGUCCCAGGGAGGCAGAACAGACUGCUCAAAUGGAAACAACAGUAAACAACUUUUUUUUACACAAUCUCUUUGAGCUCCAGCUCAUUCCUUCCCAUCCCUGAAGUAAAGAUUAUGUUUUUGCUGGAAUAGAGCUCUCCAGUUGCAUUUGACAUCUCCAUACAAGCCUAAUGACUGAGUGGGGGGUGGCUAAAAAUCUGCUUCUGGGGAUCUUUGUUCUGUUCUUUGUAUUUUUCUUACCCUGCUUUUUGUUCUACCAUUGGGCUUCUGUUUCUCUGGAUUUUCUCACUUGCCCUGCUUGUUUCUGAGGCAGAGUGAGAGCAGCAGUGUCUGAGCAGGUCAGUGAGACAAUGCAGGGCAGUGGGGCAGGCUCCAAGGACAUGGCUCCUGUCCCUGUGGCUGUGCAAUACUGGAAAAUAGGAACUGUUUUGGGGGAGAAAAAGGUUCUGAUGGACAAACCCCUUGGGGACAGCCCUGGAGUCCAGUGUGGUGUGUCCCCAUGGUCUCUGGGGUGUGGUGUCCAUGCAGAACAGAAAGGUCCAAGGGCAGCCCUUGGUGUGCCAGCUGUGGGUGUCUGUAGAGUUGUGGAAUACAGGGAUGUGUUCAGUGGGGGAGGAGAAAUGCAGUGAGACACACUUUUCUCAAAAACCACCUUUAUUCCAAACCCUGUCAGGAGAAUUACCCAAGUGGAUUUGUAAAUGGUUACCAGCUUCAAAAUAGGUCAAGGUUUUUCUCAAGAGUUUGAAGCUGUCAGGUGCAUUUCUUUUCCUACCAGGUUUUUUUUUCUUUGAAAUAACAAAUAAUUUCUCUUCUUGUACUAUUGUUUGAUUUCAGUUUGCUCUCAGGCUUGUCAUGAGCUGGUGACCUUAGCAGUUUUCAGAGUUAGUGCUGAUGAGUAUCAGCAGCAUUGAUGGUGAGGUGGUUGCUAGGGCUGGGCUGUCUUGGUGCAGGAACCCUGCUUGCUUUGGAAGCUCUCUACACUAUUAAAACACAAAAGAAAAAGAGGAAAAAAAA